CGGUAUAGGCAGAGUAGAUCUGCCAAUACCUACGUAGCAGGUGACAGUUUAUAAUUGUACGUAACGUACAGUGAUAUUUUUUCGAAGUGUCUAUUACUCAAUCAUCAUACGCAUCGUAUCAAAUCAAGUUGAUUGAAUUGUAUAACUCAGCUAGUGCUUUGGUAUAAUGUCGAUCAACAUUUAAGUUAAUAAAAUGAUAUGGUAACUUGAAUCGAAAACCAGCGUUUGACAAGCACUUGGAGAACCAGCUGAAAAUUCUGUGAUAAGGUGAAGUGGUCUUCCUGGCAGCUAAAAUGUGGUGGUUCAUAGUUCUGCUUUAUGUGGCAUUAGAUUUGAACUAUUUCAUUCGAACUCUCUGUACAGUCGUUGCCAUUGCACUGUCCAAGAGAAAUUUAAAGCUCACAGAAACAAUAACUACUUAUGGAAUAUGUACCACCCAGGACGUCGACAUAUUCCUUAAUCACAUGAAUAACGCUCGUUUCCUGCGGGAGCUAGACUUUGCUCGCUACCAAUGGUACGGCCGAUGCCGGUUCUGGACUAAAUUCAAUGCGGCUGGCGGUUCAGUGGUACAAGGAGCAACGAUGAUUCGUUAUCGCCAAAUGAUUUCACUGUUGCAGCCUUUUCGGGUGGAAACGCGCCUUGUGUGGUGGGACGAAAAGAGUAUCUAUUUUGAGCACAAAUUUAUCACGCUGCUGGACGGCUUCAUUCGUGCGGUUGGCUUUUCGCGUCAAGUUGCGAAGAAAGUAAACCUGGUCGCUUUCAUCGGUCAAUUCGAGGAAUGCCUGAGCAGGCCACCACAGCCGGACGAAAUACGUCACUGGUUAGCAGCAAAUGAGGUGUCUAGUCAACAAUUACGCAAAGAAGAUAACAAUAAAAAACAAAUUUAAAAACACUUAAAAGGU